GUCCACUUCUCAGAACUUCCACACAACUUCAGCACCAUUAUUGUUCAGACUCCCAUUUGACCACUUGAAGUGAUUUAUUGAUUCCUCUACCCUUUACGCUAUCCCACAACCCAAGCCGCGCCUUUACCAGCCCCACGAUGGCUCUUCCUCCAAAGUUCGCCGGCCACCGUUUCAUCCCCACCGAGGGAGCCGGUGCUAGCUCUUUUCCUACCCAGCCACUCCACACCGUCGAGAUCUUUCUCGACUACGUUUGUCCUUUCUCAGCUAAAAUCUACAACACCCUUUACACCACCCUCCUCCCCUCUCUCCGCUCCGAGCACGCCGACCUCGGCUCAAAAGUCCAAUUCAUCUUUCGCCACCAAAUCCAACCCUGGCACCCUUCCUCCACCCUAACCCACGAAGCCGGGCUCGCCGUACAACGUCUAGCCCCCACCAAAUUCUGGGACUUCAGCGCGGCUCUGUUCAAAGACCAGAAGGCUUAUUUCGACGUUUCACUGGUGAACGAGACGCGGAAUGAGACGUAUAAGCGGCUGGCGAAGUUAGCUUCCCAAAGCGCGGGGGUUGAUGAGAGGGAGUUGUAUGAGCUGUUGGCUAUCCCGACGGAGAAGGGAGAUGAUGGAAGUUUAAAUGUGGGCAAUGCGGUGACGAAUGAUUUGAAGACAGUGAUCAAGAUGGCGAGACUGGUGGGCGUGCAUGUGAGUCCUACGGUGAUUCUCGAUGGGGUGGUGGCAGGGGAGGUUAGUUCUAGCUGGACCCUGGAGCAGUGGUUGGAGUAUCUGAGGAAGAGUGUUGCUUGAGGGGCUGGAAUAAUGUGAGGGAAAGGGGAUGGUAAGCUGAGCUAUGAGUCAAUGAUCAAGAAUAUAGAAUGGGUUACACCGGGGCGUUUGGCAUCUUAGAACUAAUGGACGGAUGCAUGAUAGUCUUUCCUACCCAACAAGAACUCGUAAUACGUCG